CGCGUCGCGUCCGCAGCGGGGCCGGCGAGCGGGUGGAAGAUGGCGGAAGGCGGCGGCGCCCAGCCGUGCGAGCAGGACCGGAGGACCCCUGCGCCGCGGCCCCCGAGCGCGCGGGACUUGCAGUUGGCCUUGGCAGAGUUAUAUGAAGAUGAAGUGAAAUGCAAGUCUUCCAAAUCUGAUAGACCUAAAGCUGCCAUCUUUAAAAGCCCGCGAACACCACCUCAAAGGUUCUAUUCAGGUGAACACGGAUACAGUGGAUUACACAUAGUUCGACCUUCAACUGGGAAAAUCGUGAAUGAACUUUUCAAAGAGGCGAAGGAGCAUGGCGCUGUCCCUCUGAAUGAAGCCACAAGAGCUUCAGGUGAUGACAAAUCUAAGUCCUUUACAGGUGGAGGAUACCGAUUGGGUAACUCCUUUUGUAAGCGGUCUGAGUACAUCUAUGGAGAAAAUCAGCUGCAAGAUGUUCAGAUUUUGCUUAAACUGUGGAGCAAUGGUUUCAGCUUAGAUGAUGGAGAAUUGAGACCUUACAGUGACCCAACAAAUGCUCAAUUUCUGGAGUCUGUUAAGAGAGGAGAGAUUCCCUUGGAGCUUCAGCGACUGGUUCAUGGUGGCCAAGUGAAUUUGGACAUGGAGGAUCAUCAAGAUCAAGAAUACGUAAAACCGAGAUUGAGGUUCAAGGCUUUUAGUGGAGAAGGACAAAAACUUGGAAGCCUUACACCUGAAAUAGUCAGUACCCCUUCCUCCCCAGAAGAAGAGGAUAAAUCGAUGUUUAACGCAGUUGUCCUUAUCGAUGAUUCAGUGCCAACAACAAAGAUUCAGGUCAGGUUAGCAGAUGGGAGUCGUCUGAUACAGAGAUUCAACAGUACGCACAGGAUCCUGGAUGUUCGGGACUUUAUUGUGCAAUCCCGUCCUGAAUUUGCAAGUCUUGACUUUAUUCUUGUGACUUCAUUUCCAAACAAAGAGCUAACAGAUGAAAGCCUGACACUACAAGAAGCAGAUAUUCUUAACACUGUGAUACUCCAGCAACUAAAAUAACGUUGCUCCUAUUCAUGCAGUGGCAUGUAGGAAGGAGAAUGUGCCAUGUUAAAAGGGAGAUACUUAGAGCAUUAAAAAAAACUAAUGAUUUUUAUUAUUUCUACAGAUCAAUUUUGGUUUUACUCUUACUCUAUCUUCCAGCCUUUAGUAUAGAUGAACUUGGACUGGGAAUAGAUCUUGAGACAAAUAUGUAUGAGUUUUUAGUUGCAGGGCUGGCUUAUGUUGGUACCUUUUAAGUAUUCUGGCAAAACUAUUUGUUACAUGCUCAGUGUUAAUGUAACAACAUUUGUUUACAGAGAAAAUGAACAAAACCCCAAUUUGAUAAAUGCAUUUGGUAAAAUUUGCACUAAAGUUUCCUGAUGCUGCUUUGAUCAACAGCCAUUAAGAAAUCUUCUGAUGAAAUAAUUUGAAAUUUUUUCUGUGCUAUAUACUGAAAAGAGUCUGUAUUCUGAUUUUGAAAUACUUGAUCAUGAGAUAAUUAUUUCUCCUAUUAAGAUUUUACACAUUCUUUUUACUUACUGAUUUAGCUGUACUACUAGUGUCAAAAAAUACAGUUUGGCCUUGUAUUUUACAGAACUAUAACCAUCAUAAAUUAGAAACAAAGACAUAGAGGUCAGCAGUUCUCGAGAAGAUGUGUUAAACAGCCCUUUAAAAUAGAGUAAUUACAUUCCCUCCCAGAGCCUGCCUUGAUCACAUUCAUUUCUUCCUUUAACACGUUUUUCUAGGGACCUGCACUAUUUACUAAGCACUGUUCUAAGUGUUCAACCCAGAAUGUAUUCUAUUUCAGGACAGAACAAGUGUGGAAAUACAGGAAUGUAAAUUCUAUCAGACAGACUGGAUCUAAAGAAUUACCAGCAUAAAUGUUUGCAUUUCUGCAAAAGCCAGGUAUUUCCUGAAUGAGGUGGCUACAUCAGGAAUAGGAAAAGCUGCAGCUUGUUCCCCAAUAUCAUUUCAUCUUUGCUCACCACUCCUGCUUAGUUUUUUGUUGCUGCUGUAACAAAUUACUACAAGCUCAGUGGCCUAAAGUAGCACAGAUUUAUCAUCUUAUAAUUCUGUAGGUUAGUCGCUGGCAUGGGUCGCACGGUGCUGAAGUAAGGUGUCCACAGGGCUGCAUUCCUUCCGGGAGGCUCUAGGGGAGAAGCAUUUCCUGUCUUUUUAACUUCUAGAGGCCACCUAUGUUUCUUGGCCUGUGACCCCCUAUCUCCAUCUUCAAAACCAGCAACAUUGUAUCUCUGCCCUUCUCUGUCAUCAUACCUCUGACAACCUCUGGGAAAGGUUCUCUGCUGUUAAGGACUCAUGUGAUUAGAUUGGGUCCACCAGAUGAUGCAGGAUCGUUUCCCCAUCAUGAGGUCCAUAGUAACUGUAACCACAUCUUCAAAAUCCCAUCUGCCAUGUAAAGUGACAUAUCACAGGCUCCUUCUGGAGGCUCCAGGAGUGAAGGUGUUUUAGCCUCUUCACCUUGUAGAGGCUGCUGGCAUCCCUUUACUUGCGACCAUGUCCCUCCAGUUUCUGCUCUGUCCUUACGUCUGUUACUACCACCUUGCAUUCUGCUUUCCUUUUAGUGGGACCCUUGUCAUUACAUUUGGUUUACUGGAUAAUCCAGGAUAAUCUCAUCUCAAAAUACUUAGCUAAUCACAUCUACAAAAUCCCUCUUACCUUGUAAGGUAAGAAAUUCACAGGUUUGGGGAUCAGAACAUGAACUCUGGGGGUGUGGGGGGAGCAUUCUGUCUACCACAGUCCACUCCUGCCUCAAAGAUUCACAUCUAUCUUAAAGUCACCCAUCCAGAGGUGCUAAAAGUCUCAGCCUGUUAGGCAUCAACUUAAAGUGCGAAAUCUUAUCUGAAUCUCACCAGCUGGAAAGUUCCAAAUCUCACUUAAAUCAUGUAAAUCAGGUGUGAGAGGAUCUGGGUGUGAUUCCUGGGACACAAUUCCUUGCCAUCUGUGUUCCUAUGAACCUAGAAAAACAGUUAGCUGCUUUCAAAUAUAGUGGUAGGACAGGCAUAGAGUAACAGUUAUAGCCAUUCCUGUGCAAAAAAAUAGAAAAUAGAAUUAAAAAAGAAGCCACCAGUGCCAAGCAAUAGGAAUUCAGCUAGACACACUCCAUUAGGUUUCAAGGCCUGAGAAUCAUCUUCUGUGGCUUGCAGCACUGUCCUUGGCUUGUGACUCCCUCUCAGAGUCAUCUUGUCUUUUUCAUGAAAGUGAGCUCAUGUUUGCAGCUGAGUAAUUUUAUCAGCUUGUUUCUUGCCUGUGGAAUUCUGGGAGGUCCAACCAUCUUUCCUUUCAUGCUGUCUCUAUCCAUUUCAGUUUAAGAUGGCAACGUCUGCUGAUAUAACAUUCUCAAGAAAUCUGUGGAUGUCUGUAUGUUAGAGACAUUCACCCUGUUAGCCUGAAGGCCCCUCCACAGAGCUUUCCAGGAUAAUCCCUUCUCUACUUUUGGCUUUUUUUUUUUUUUUUUUUUUUUUUUUUUGAGAUAGCUGAAAGGAUCUGUGAGUUGCACCCUUAAUCUCUUCAAAGAACCUUUUGUGUGACUGGACUCUCAGUUUUUUGAUCUUUCUCAGGUAUUGGCAAAAGACUGUACAGCCACACCCGCAUCUCUUUGCCUAGGGCAGGCUUUCCUGACAGUGAAUCUCUUAAUUUGAAUGUCUUUUGCCACUGCCGUAGGCUAAGAAUUUCUGUCAUCAAGUCCUGUUUUCUUUACAUUUAGCAGUUCUUCCCUCAAUUUAUCUACCUCCUCUCACAUUUUACUAUAACCAGCAAGAAGAAAGUAUGCCCACCUUCCACACUUUGCUUAGAAAUCUCUUCAGCUGAAUAUCUUAAAUUUAUCACUUGCAGCUUAUGCUGUCCACAUAACUGUGGGCCACAAUUCAGCUAAGCGUUUUGCCGUUAUGUAACUAAAAAUCUCUUUUUCUUCAGUUUCCAACAGCAUGUUCCUCAUUUCCUCCUGAGCCCUCACUGGCAGCACCUUUACUGACCUUAUUUCUGCUAACAGUCUGUUCAUGAUAGUGUAGCUAUCUCUAUGGCAACUGAGGUUUUCUCUCCCGUGCUCCCUACUUCCUUUAAGCCGUCACUAGCAUUUAGCAUCCGUGGAACAGUUAACAGUGUUCAGGGCAACCUUGGCUCUUUCUGUCAUGCUCCUGAAAAUUCUUCCAACCCCUACCCACUGCCCAGUUCCAAAGCCACUUGUGCAUUUUUAGAUAUUUGUUCCAGCAGCACCCCACUUUCAGGUAUCUAGAAAAGUCUACUCUGCCCACUCACUGCCAGUUGACUUGAAUGUGCCAGUGGGAGACUUGGAAUUCACCUUUCUCUGGGGGCUCUGGUUAUUUCAAGGAGGUGCGUUCACCCAGGUUUUAGUACUGGGAGUGCUACCAGAACCGCCACAGGGUAGAAGUGUUCAUCCCACCACAGAGAAGACUUUUUCUCUGUCAUAACGAAGAGUGAGAGGAUUAUUCCCAAGGCUCCCCCUCAGAAUAGGGAGCCUUGUUACUUUCUACUAAUUGCAACCAACUUAGAGAAUAUGUAACUAACAGUUCAAAAAAUCAGUCUCAGUUGAAAAAGAUUAUCAAAGUUAAACUGCAUUUUCACAGGAGCAAAAUCGUCUUCCUAAGGCAAUAAUCUAUUGAAACAAAUGAGCAUUUUAAAUAAAAGGGCACUGCCCUCUUUUGGAUUAACAAAAUGGGGGAAAAAUUAAUCAAACUCUGUGAAAUUAUUUGAAAUUUUAUUGUAGUUUCUUUUAUCAAUUAAAUGGAGUGCCUCUAGAUGCACAUACGAAACGACUGCCAUUUUUGUAUAUAAUAGUCUUCCAGAACAUAGAGAUUUACAUUAAGAGAGAGAAUUAAACAUCCAGAAGGGGUGACCAGUACUUCCACGUGUACUAGGUAGUGUUUGCUUCAUUUAGAGUCGUUUUCCUGAAUUCUUUUUACUACUGCAGUCACUGUAACUUUUAAAGUUUAUAAUCAUCUCAAAAAAGAUGUUACAAUGAGCAGUUAGAGAACCAUGUGUGAGGUCAAUUGUUUUGCAUGAUGUAUGUAAUAAAAAAAUUUUAAGUGUCUGCUUACCAAUAAAGAAUGUUUUCACUGAAACUCA